CCCGACUCCUCCUUCUCCCUUCCCCUUAGAUUCACCACCUCCGUGUCGUCGCUCAAGUCCUCUAUAGUCGGGACCAGCCACCGCCGCCGUCCUCCCACUAACCCGCUCGUCGUCCACUGCAUCCACCGCUCCUACGACUCCGUAAACUUCCCCGCCGGUGUCGUCUCCAGCAGAUCUGACUCGCAGAGCUCCUGCGCUAUCCUCUCCAGCAAAGUCGUUGGACAGGAGCAGCCUCCUGAAAGUAGAUCUGGAGGAGAAAAUGGACUUGCUGCUGCUGAUUCCAUCUCUUCCGUCAACGGUCACAAGACAAUUGACCUGGAUUUGGUCCCAAUCGAUAAGGCUGCUCUGGAUUUGGUCUAAAUGUGAGGUGAUUCCGUGCGACCAGUUCGAGGUCGCUUUCCAGGCGGUGGAGCUCUAGAUCGCGGAUCGAGCCGUUUUGCCGGUGGAGAACUCGCUGGACGGAUCGAUUCACAGGAACUACGACUUGCUCCUCCACCACCGCCUUCAUAUUGUUGGGGAGGUCCAGCUGCCGGUCCACCACUGCCUGAUGGCGCUGUCGGCGGUGGAGAAGAAUGAAGGUGAAUCAAUUACGCGGUCAAGCACAGAAGCUGAAGGACUCAAAUUCAAGUCUUCAAGAGAAAAUUAAAGAAUUGAAGGUGGAGAAGAAUGAGCUUCGUGAUGAGAAGCAACAUCUCAAAGUAGAGAAAGAGAAGCUGGAACAGCAAAUGUAAACCAUGAACAGUAAAAGGAAGCCACACGCUCACGAAGCUGGGGUUGCAGGCGGCGCGUGAGGCGGUGGACGACACAGCUGGGGCGGCAGAGUGCGAAC